AUGUCUAGGGGCAACGAGUCGUCCAGCGAGCGGAAAGGGGGUGGUGAGGUGGAACAGAUCGAGAAUUACCAAGCGAAACUUACCACUGGAGGCAAGGUCAAGAAUCACUUCAAGCGAUUUUGGUGGGCGCAUCUCAUCGCAUUCUGCGCUGGGUUCCUCAUAAUAGCAUUAUGCCUAGUAUAUGUGGCAAUGCCUAAGAUUGCGCAAAAGGGCAUUGACGAUGCGACUCUCAGCUACAAUAGCCUAAAGUUCAUGAAGCCAACGCUGGAUACCCUCACCGUCUCUGUCGAUGCAGUCCAGCACAGCGACAGCCCGUUCACCCCAACGCUGGAUGCAUUCAACGUCAGCAUGCACCUCGUAAAAGAUGGGGUCAGGCACGACAAGGUGAUAACACAGCUCAGGAUGCCCCAGGUCCAUGCCCAACACCCAGGCACCAGCAUCAUCAUCAACGACCAGGAAACAAAGAUUGUCGACAUAGACCAGGUCACUGAGUUCUGCAAGCAAGUCUUGACGCAGGAGUCUAUCACAGUUAUAAUGGAGGGCAAGACCAAGCUGCACUUAGGCGCUCUGCCUGUCAACAGCGUCACCUACAACUCCUCCAUUACUUUUAAGGCACUCAACGGCUUCAAGGGCUUCAACAUUACCCAGCCUAAGAUCGACUUGUUGGCCGAGCCAGGACAGCCCAACUUGUUAGGGAUGGCACUUAUUCCAAACCCUUCUGUUUUGACCGUCGAGCUUGGAACAGUCGUAAUGAAUAUCUCCACAAAGGAGAAGGGUCUCAUUGGCAAUAGCACCAUCGAAAACUUCAUCUUGAAGCCAGGACAGAACUUGCUCCCCAUAAAGGCUAUCGUUGACCAGGCACUUGUGCUCGGCAGCGUAAAUUCUAAGACCGGCAUAGUCAACAUGAUCAUCGUGGGGCAGACAGCGGUCUACAAUGGCGUCCACCUUCCUUACUUCGAGGCAGCACUCAAGAGCCACACCAUCACUCUUCCAGUGGACCUUCAGACACUUCUUAGCGGCACAUAA